AUGCUCGUACGUGCCGAUCGCUCACUGCAUGACCGCGCCGGAGCGAGACAUUGCACAUCCACAGCAAAUUGCUAUUGCACCCUUCGACUCUCUUAUCAAACAUGGCGGAUGCGGGAAAGAACCUCUUGGGUCCGCGGUCCGCGGUCCGCAGGCCGUCAUAACGCCAUGGUGUCGAGGAGUGUCCGUGUUUGUGUCUGUGUCUCUGGGCUCGGUGUUGUGUCUAUGGCACUGAUUCGGCCCGCACGAAACGCCCAUGCUGACAUUGGCUUGCAGCAAAAACAGAACCACUCAGAAUCGGCUGAAAUUGAGAUUGUCUCAACGACACACGCCUGCACCAAAUCAUGCUGGCGGCUUCCCAAAUCACUGUCUAGCCGGUGAGAUAUCGGCGCGUGCCACCCAAACAACUCGCAAGGGGCAUGGGAGGAUCAGCAGCAUCAAAAGGCGGUGCGCCCUUGUUGGUUCCCUCGACAGAGUGCUAGCCCGCGUGGGGAACCAGAGGGCCACGGAGUCAGGCAAAGAGAAAAGAGACACCGCGCAAAAC